AAAAUAACCCAACAUAUAAACCAACCCAACCUAAUAUAAACCUAGACCAGCUGUGAUUUUAUACCCGUUUGGAUAGCCCGCCAGCCUAUUCAUGGCUCAUUAGAUAAACACAUCUCAUCAUCUACUCUUGUGAGUCUUGAAUCACGUUCGUCGAUCUACAACAGAAAGACGCUAAGUACCGAAGAUCUUCCGUCGGUUUCAGUGGCGAAUUCUCCAGAGCGUUUUUUCCAGAGACUACAAAGAUGAAUCUAAACAAUGUUAACAUUCCCAAAAUGCCCAGUGGUGGUGCCGCGUCUGCUCUGAUCAAGUUUGGGCUUGUUGCUGGGAUUGGUGUAUACGGAGUUGCCAACAGUCUGUACAAUGUUGAUGGAGGGCAUCGUGCCAUUGUCUUCAACCGUAUCAGUGGUAUCAAAGAAAAGGUCUACCCUGAAGGAACACACUUUAUGCUUCCGUGGAUUGAGAGACCGACCAUUUAUGAUGUUCGUGCAAGACCCAAUUUAGUGGAGAGCACAUCAGGAAGUCGUGAUCUUCAGAUGGUGAAAAUUGGUCUUCGUGUGUUAACACGUCCUAUACCAGACCAGUUGCCUACAAUAUAUAGGACUCUUGGGGAGAACUAUAAUGAAAGAGUGCUGCCUUCCAUCAUUCAUGAAACCUUGAAGGCUGUGGUUGCCCAGUAUAAUGCUAGCCAGCUCAUCACCCAAAGAGAGGCGGUGAGCAGAAAGAUACGUGAGAUUUUGACUCUGAGAGCAGCUAACUUCAACAUCGCACUGGAUGAUGUGUCCAUUACUAGCCUGACUUUUGGGAGGGAAUUCACCGCCGCCAUUGAAGCAAAACAGGUUGCAGCUCAGGAAGCUGAGAGGGCCAAGUUCAUUGUUGAGAAGGCUGAACAAGAUAAGCGCAGUGCUAUUAUUAGGGCUCAGGGUGAGGCUAAGAGUGCACAGCUGAUUGGACAAGCCAUAGCGAAUAACCCGGCCUUCAUCACACUGAGAAAGAUUGAAGCAGCCCGAGAAAUCUCCCAAACCAUAUCAAAUUCGUCAAACAGGGUGUACUUGAGUUCUGAUGAUUUGCUGCUCAACCUUCAAGAUAUGAACCUGGAUGGUGCCAAGAAAUGAGAAAAAAGUUUUCUUGUAGUAAACCAAUCAAAGCUGAGAUAAACUGUUCAGUUUAGUUAUGCUUGCUUUUGCUGCUGGUUGUUAAGUGAGACUGGGAGAGAACACACAAAAUGUUACUACCGACUGUCAGAGUGUCAGUAAAACAAUGAAGGCGUCUUUUCUAUGUUCUUUUUCCCAACUCAGAAUGGUGACGGUGUGAUGAAAAAAAUGACAUCUUUCACACCCUAUUACAAAGGGAUAUGCAAAUCGUAAAACCAAAAUUUUGAUGCCAACGUAAUAGAACUUAGGAGUUGGGAUUAUUGUCUAGGAAUUUACAAAUUUACAGUGCUGCUGGUUAAAUGGUUAAAUUUUAUUUAACAUUGGCUUGGAAUUUACAAAUUUACAGUGCUGCUGGUUAAA